GCGGUGUAUUUGGCUUUUGUGCUACCAUUUGGCGUGCAACAAUGGAUCAGAACGUCCAAAUAACUUUUUACACGAAAUCCAAACAGUAUUCUGUUCCCUCCGCACCGAUUGCAGUACCACAACACACGACUGUUGAAGAACUCAAUAAUUUAGUCAAAGUUCUGCUAGAUGAAACCAGAGAGUCUAGGACAUAUCCGGAAUUUACGUUUCUCGUGGACAAUUUGAUUCUAACUUCAACUUUGCAUGAAUACUUAUCAGAAAAAGAAGUUAUAUCUGAAACCAUUGACAUUGAGUUUUGUCCAAAACAAGAACCACCAAAAUACGAAAGAGAAUAUGUACAGGAUGACUUGAUCAGCUGUGUCAAACGCUGUGAUAAGUACAUUCUAACAGGUGGUUACGAUGGUACACUGCAUAUAUGGAGCUUGGAUAGCAAAAGUGCCAUAUUAUCUAUGGAGUUGGAGGAAAAAGUUAAAUGUGUAGAAUGGAUCAGUCUAGCUUAUCAAUACCCGGAGGAUUCUUAUUAUUCUUGGUAACCUCCGGCGCGCGACAAUCCCAUUCAAUUUGGUAUCGAAGCAACGUCACGUUGAUUCUGGUGGGAGAGUAGUGUAGUGGCAUUGGGCUCUAUCUACACAAUCAUCAAAGCUGAACACGAGACAAUUGGGAAAAUAGGUGUUCAACAUUUAACGCGGAGAAUAACUCAACGUUGAAGAAGGAGGGAACAAUGAAUAGAAUUAUUUCGAGUUGAUCGGAUGGCAUGACUCAACCUUGCAGGCGUGGUCCCUGUUGAAUGAUACCUUGUAUCCUUUAUUCAUAUUACAUAUAUUGUUCUAUCUCUAGCCUAAGCAUGUUCUCCAUCAUUUAUUGGUGAUUGUUACGAUGCAAUGAGUUGGUGUAGACGAUGAUGUGAAUUGGACGUAAGGUUUAUGGGUUACGCAGUUAUAUUAUGAUAAAUAAACAGUUUUAUGAUUAGGUGUUUUAUGAGAGCAGUACUAAUAUCGAAGUAGAUCUGAAUUCUACUAGGUUUCCACAAGUCAAAAUUUUGCGAGUAUCGAUGUUUAACUAAAGUACUUUAAUAUAAAGUAGACCAAGAAUGAUUUUGAUGCAACAAUUACGCAGAAGCAAGGAUAAUCACAACACGUACGGAAUCACUGCCCUUUGUAAAACUCGCGCAGAUAUAUAUAUUAUCCCCGCUUAUUGGGAAUAUUUUUACUGAUUCUCAGGUAUUGAACUCUUUUGUAUUAACUGUUUCUUUUGUUGGAGAAUCUUUUAACUGUAUCGCACAGGCUGUACCGUUUGUGGUAUUUUGUAUGUUUUAUAUAAUUUGUUCUAUUUCCUAAAUUAGAACUGUUUAAAUUGAGCUGAAAGUUUGUAUUUUGAUAUGAUUUAGUACGAGUAUCUCAAAAAUGCUUUGUACGCUAUACAGAAGAACGUAGUCUGGUC